UUUGUCUAAUCAUGAACUUCUAAGAAGGAUAAAAGGUCGAAAAGCAGAUAAAGUAAGCCAAUCUAUAGACAAAUUAAAUCAAAAAGAGAAAACCAAUUGAUUCAGAUACCAAAGCAAAUCUGGUAUAUAGUGUAGUUAAAGAUCGCUUACCUAUUUAUUAAGUAGUAAUCUUGGUAUAAUCACUUAGGCAGCCAUCAUUCACAAAGUUAAAUAUUCAUCUGCCAAACAUAUAUUAAGAAAUUACUACAGUGACACUACUAAUUAUUUAACUGCCCAAAAGAAGAGAAGGAGAAAGAUAAUUUGGGAUGGAGCCACUAUCUUAGUGAAUACUAAUACUGGAAAUAUCAUAAUAUACUCAUAAUAAAAUUAAACAAUCCAAUGUUUGAAUAAUUGUGUCGAUGCCUAACUUAAAUAAAUAGUUCUUGACAAUCUAAGUUUAUCCAUAAAUUAAGAACACACUGGCAUCAAGGCUUAAAGUUUACAAACGAAAUAAAAUUUUAAAACCAUAAAAUAGGAUAUUAAAACAGAAAAAAUAGAAGACAAACUAUCGUCUCUUUUGAGGAUACUUAAAAAUUAACACUAAGAAAUGAUAUCAUGA